AUGAAGGAAUUACAAGGGCUUAAAAGUGAGCUUGAUCAAACAAAACAACUGAGUGAGAAUCUUGUAAAAUUGUGUGAUCAAUUAGCGAAAGAAAAAAAUGAGCUGGAAAAUAAUUUGAAAAAAUCCAAUUAUGUGAUUAAAGAAUUACAAGAUAAAAUGACUGAAUAUAGAAGCUUGUGGGAUGCUUCCAAGACAAAACUGGAAGCAACAAUUGUGGAGGUACAAACUAAGCUUGACACUGUAGAGAAGGAAAGAAAUGUAUUGAGCCAGAAACACGAGGACUUGUACACUAGCUACAGAAAUGACAAAAAUGAGUGGAAAAAAUGCAAUGAUGGUGCUAUGAAGUUAAAAACAAAGAUGGCUGAAGAUCAGGGAUUGUGGGAUUCAUGUAGGGUGAAUUUAAAAGGAAAACUUGCGGAGCUGCAGAAUGCAAUUCUUGAAGAAAGAAAAUAUAGCCAGAAACAACAAGAAUUGUCGACUAAAUUGAGGCAAGAAAAAAUUCAGAUGGAAAAUAAACUCAAAAAAAUCAAUGAUACUAGUAAGAAAUUGAAUACAAAGAUGAGUGAGGAUAAGCGGUCAUGGGAUUCCUGUAAGGAGAAGUUGGAAAACCAGGUUUCAGAGCUACAAAAUGAACUUAAUGAAGCGAAAGUAUUCAGCCAAGGACAUGAACAACUGUGCAAAUUGCGCUCUGAAUUACUGAAAGAAAAUAAUCAAUUGGAAAGUAAGGUAAGAGAAUACAGUGAUGGGACUGAAGAAUUGAAAGCAAAAUUGUCUGAAACUGGGUGCUUGUGGGAAUCUUCUAAGACAGAGUUGGAAGCCACUGUUACAGGGCUGCAAAAUGAGCUCAAUGAAACAAAAGUGUUGAGCCUGAAAGAUGAAGAAGCAUGCAUUCAAUUAAGGCAUGAAAAAAUAAAAUUGGAAGGGGAGUUGCGAGAGAUGAAUAAUAGGAAUGAGGAAUUACAUGAAAAAAUGACUGAAAAAGGUUACAUUUGGGAUACUUGUAAGGUGAAUUUAGAAGGUAUGAUUGUAAAGCUGCAGAAAAAGCUUAAUGAAACAAAGAUUCUGGCCCACCAUAAUCAAGUCUUAUGCAAUGAAAUAAGUAGAGAAAAAGCUGAGUUAGAAAAUAAUUUAAAUCGAUCCAUUAAUGAAACUCAACAAUUAAAGGAAAAAUUGGCUGAAGAUAGGCACAUGUGGGAUGCUUCCAAGGGAGAAUUUGAAGUUACAAUUGCAAAACUGCAAAAUGAUCUCAAUGAAGCGAGAAUACUAAGCCAAAAACUUGCAGAUGCGCAGUAUGAGAAAAAGACAUUGAUCCAGGAAUAUAGAGCUCUGUGGGCCCAUUUAAGAGAUGAAAAAUAUGAGUUGGAAGACAAACUGAGAGAAUGCAACGAUAGGAAUAAGGAAUUGCAUGCACAGAUGAGAGAAUAUUGCCGCUUGUGGGAGGCUCGUAAGGCGAAAUUUGAAGACUCUAUUGCAGGGCUGCAAAAUAAUUUUAAUCAAUCCAUUAAUGAAACUAAACAAUUAAAGGAAAAAUUGGCUACUUGUACGGGAGAAUUUCAAGUUACAAUUGCAAAACUGCAAAAUGAGCUUAAUGAAGCGACAAUGUUAAGCCAUAAACAUGAGGAUUGGUGCUCUCAAUCAGAAUAUAAAAAAUAUGAGCUGGAAAAGGCUUUUAUACGGCUACAAAAUGAGCUUGAUAAAACAAAUAUUUUGAGAGAAAAAGACCAAGAAGUAUGUAAUGUGCUAAGAGAAGAGAAUAAUCAGUUAGAGAAUAAGUUGAAAGAAUGCAAUGAUAGGAUUGGGGAUUUAAAUAGAAAAAUUGAAGAAAACGAGUGGCUAUGGGUUAGUAGUAAGGCUGAUUUGGAAAACAAAGUUGCAGAUCUGCAGUCUGAGAAAUGGAUAUUGAGCAAGGAAUAUAAACUUCUGUUGGCCCAUUUAACAGAUGAAAAGGAUGAGUUGGAAAACAAAUUGAGAGAAUGCAACGAUAGGAAUAAGGAAUUGCAUGCGCAGAUGAGAGAAGAUACCCGCUUGUGGGAAUCUUGUAAGGCAAAUUUUGAAGGCUCUGUUGCAGGGCUGCAAAAUAACCUUGAUUUGAUGACUAAUGAAGGGAGAAUUUUGAGCCAGGAAUAUGUAGAAUUGUGCAUUGAAUGUGAGUUUUUGAAGGCACAUCUGGGAGAUUAUAAUGAUAUACUAAGCUCUAUGGAAGAUGAAACAUGUAGCCUAAUGUCUCUCUCAGAGGGCAAUGCAAAGACAGUGGAAGCCUUGCAAACUCGAGUGCAAUUGAUCACCCAUGAACAAAAAAAAUUGAGCAAGACAACUGAAGAACUGACUACAGAAAAUGAAUCUCUGAAAUUGAAAUUGGAAGAACUGAUUACUGAAAAUGAGAGGAACUCACUUAGAUCUACGCCAGCAAGCAGGGAGGUGCCUUUGAUUCAAGAAAAUGGUUUAUUGAGACAAGUUCAUGAGCUUCAAAACAGGCUUCCACUGAUGAAAGAUUAUAGACGGGUUUCCACUGAUGAUAUACUCGAUUUGGCAACAUGGGAGAGGCAAUUACUCACAUCUCUAUCAGAAAACAGUGAUAAAAUUAAGGAAGAUCUAGUUAUCGAGAACAGAACAGUGAAACAGGAAGCCCUUGAACUUGAUCAAGAAAACCAACUCUUACAAAAGGACAUAUCGAUAAAACAGUCAUUACUUCACACAAAAGAUGGCAAAAUUGCAGAAUUGAAUGCAAAAAUGAGUGAUCUUAAGAAUGCGAUCCAAGUGUUGGAAGAGAUUGGAAGAAAAAAUACUAAAGUACUGGAAGAAUAUGGAGGUGUAAGGGAAGAGCAAGAGAAGAAAAAGGAAAGUGAGGAGAAAAGGGAGGAGUUUAGGGGGAGGGUUUCACAUCGGAACCAAACAGCCUUUAUUGGUAAUUUGAUUUCUUGCAUUCUUCUAGACAUUGAGAAGUCUAAUGUAGGGAGACGCUCAUCUACUGCCACAAAAAGUAUCAGUCUUCCUUCUCAUACACUACUUUGUGGAUGUCCUUAUGGUUGGUUCGGUGGGAUAGGAUAA